CUCUUGUUCUUUGUUUCAUUUUUUUUUCUUUCUCUCUUUGACCUUACCAAUGCUGUCGGCCGUUGCCAGCCGGUCGACAUCGUUCCACGCGGCCAAGGCGCUCGCUGCGUCUGCCAGCGCGUCUCCUGCCUCCAUCGCCGUGCUAGCAUCAUCGCCUUCGUCAUCAUCAUCAUCAUCAGCAGCUUCAUCAGCAUCGGCAUCCGCAAUGCACGUCCGCGGCUAUGCUCGCAAGCCGACUUCAUCGUCGACUCCUUCGUCUUUGUCCUCGUCCUCGUCGACUCGAUCGUCGCGCCUGGCGCAAAAGUGGCAGCACCGCGACGCCCUGCCCAUCGCGACCCUGCCUCCGCUGCCUGCGUCCAUUGCGCGUGGGGAAGUGAGCACCAGCCACGCCCAGCUGCUUGCUCAGCAAGAGGAGCGGCGGCUGGAGGAGAACGCGCAGGAGGACGAUCAGCAGCACAUGUCCGACCGCGACGCCACCAAAGCCAGGCUCCGCGACGUCUUUGCGUUCCUCGAAGCGUCACCAGCAGCAGCGUCGAAUGCCGCGGCAUCGGAGAUGGAGGACGCCGAGGAGGGCGCCGACGCCGAGCCAGCAGCAGCCGCCGCAGAAGGGGAAGAGGCUGGCGAGGCUGGAGCGGCUGAAGGGGUUUUAGACGAGGAGGGGCGCGGUCGCCUCUCCAACAGAGAGUUCCUCAUGACCGAAGCCGCGGCCCCGAACGUCGAAUUGGAGGCCGCGCUGCUCGACCGCAGGCUGGCGGGUCGGUCGCCGGUCGUGCGCAUGGCCGAGGAGGAGGAAAUCCACGAAGCAGUACGAGAUCUCCAAGUCAAGUACGUUGCAGACGAGGCCGCUGCCGACGCCGCGCGCCAGGGCAAGUCACGCAAGGAGGUCCAGCAAAUCCGCAAGCACAUGAUGCAGAUGCCGCUGCACGAGCUGGAGGCCAUGGCCGAGGAGGAGCUCGGCGGCGAGAUCGAGGACGUCGAGCUGGCCGCGCAUGAGCUUGACGAAGAAGGCGCAGUCGCAGUUGAGGACUCCGAGAUGGACGCCGCCGCUGAGGCUGAAGAGGCAGCAGCCGCUGAGGCACACGAGGAGGAAGAGCCCAGCGCAGAGGCACUGGAGGAGGUCGACAUGACCGACCUCGAGGAGGCGCUCGCGGACGAGGAUCCAGAGGUUGCCGAGGCCAUCAUCGAGCGCGAACGCAGGCUGCGCGCACUCGGUGGCGGUGGCGAGGAAGAGGACUUGACUGAUCGUGUAGCCCAGCGCGGUCGCGACUAUGAGACCUUGUUCGGGAGCUCUCCGGCACGUUUUUACAAUCUGUCGCGCGUCCGCUUUGGCGUGCUGCAAAACCGUCUCGAGGCCGUCCGACAGCUCGCUCUUUUGGGUGUCGACGCUGAGCGCAACGCCGACCGUCCGCGCGCCGCUGGGUUGCUGACGCAGGGGCAGGACUCGUUCGGUCGUCACGAUCCCAUGAGCACGCCCCCCGUGAGCAACGUCACUGUGAUUGACUGGACCAACGAACUGCAUCGCUUGGCCCGGCUUGGCCUGAACGUCGUGCCCCGCUCGGGCUUGUCCAAGGCCCGCAGCCGCGUGCUGCUCGAGACCGUCUUUGGCGAGCUCGACUCCCCCGCCACGUUCUUUGCCUCGGGUCCCCCUGUGCUCAACUAUGUGCGCAUGGCAACCAUGCUUGCUCUGCGUCACUCGCACGCGGAAGAUACCAAGCGCGAGUACCAGACCGAAGACGCGAUGGCAGCCCUGGAGGACGACUCGGAGCUCUCCGACGCGCUCACACGCGUGCAGGAGGAGCGUGAUGCCAACCGCGCCCCUGACGAAAUGGACGAAGUGGACAGCGACGGCAACCCUUACCUCUUCUCACCGUUCGAUCCGCUGGCUCCGCAGGGUCUUGCGCCCUUCCGGUUCAAGGUGCUCGAGGAAAAGAUUGCUCGCGCCGGUGAGUCUGUGGGCGUGCAGGCGUCAUCUUCCCCCGACAUUGCCGAGGACCUCCUGGCUGCAUGGAACAAGCUCAAGCAGCGGCGAAAUGUCAAUCUGGCCGCCUUUGAUGCGGACCAACGCCCGACGCUGACCAAGGUCGCCCGCGUGAUUGCCUUGAUGGAUCUUGUGCGCUGGAUGGACGAGCUGGUGCCGUUUGUUGACCGUGGCAUCGGCCAGGCGUUCAGCGAGCUUCCGACCGAAGAUCCCGAAUUGUACGCCGAAAUGCUCAAGGACGUCCAGCUGCCCCCGAAGCAAGACACCGCUACGACGGAGGUGCCAUCGUCAUCGGAGCAACAAGCCACCGAGACUGCGGCGCCAUCAUCGUCGUCGUCGUCGUCGUCAUCGUCGUCAUCGGAAAACGCCGCCGCCACCAGGACUCGGGCGCCAUCGGCCUCACGAUUCAGCAAGGCCGCCGCGCAGGCGUCCUCUACAGGCAUGCCCACUCGAGAGGAAGCCAUCGCCCACCUGGCUGCGUCCAACCUGGACGACUUUGCGCUUGCGAUGACGCGUGAAAUGCGUCGCACCGCGCACAAGUCUCAGCAGUGGACGAGUCCCUUUGCAGGUUGGUAUGACUUGUUUAGCUCCAAGGCGCUCCCGAUGCCCAACACGGAUGCCUUCAACAAUUUGCACGCCGACCAAGCUCGCACCAACGCUGCCGCUGCUACUGCUGCUUCUGCGGUCGUCGGAGCUCAGCCAUCGAAACAGCAGCCGCCUGUCUCGACCGAGCAGCUUCGAUCGCAUUUGAACGAGCGCUCGGCUGCCGAGCAGGGCCGCUUUGCUGCCGAUCUUGCCAACAGCGACAGCAUUUUGAAUGCCCUGUACGAGGCCAACGCACCAGAGCGCGAUAUCGAGGACCAGGCCCGCACCACGAUGCGACACCUGCGCUCGAUGGCCAAGACACCGAUUGCCAACACCCAGUACCCGCUGCUUGCGAGCGGGUUCUCCCACAUGCCCUAUAGCAAGCUCUCCCAGCACGAGCGGCUCAAACAGCGGGACCUCGUCCGCGCAUCCAAGCAAAAGAAGCUCCCCUCCGCUUCCCCCACCUACAAGAACCCGCUGGCGAGCGGCGACCGCAUCGACCAGCUCCUGAAUGCCGUCGCAUCGCCCGCCGAGCUCCAGCAAUCCGCCUCGCACGUCGCCUCGACUGUGAAGAAGCUUCUGGGCGCAGUCGACCCCGCCGACCUUGUUCGUGACAUUCCUCAUUCGGGCGCCGUCCUGUCUGCCGCGAGCUUUAACGACAUGCUGCGCGCCUCGCCGCUCGUCACCUCUUCGCGUGUUGCCGGCGGCAUUGCGUUUGGUCGCAUUGUCACCAUGUCUCCCGAUGUGGCCGACGUUGACAUUGGCGGCAAACUGAACGUGCGCAUCCCAGUCCCGGCCGAGGCGGUCCUUUCUGUCGGCUUGUUGGUCCCAGUGCUCAUUCUUUCUUCCGAAAUCACCUUCAGCUUUAUCGGACAGCGCAAGACGUCCAGCGCCCUGCGCGGCAACGGUGUCCACGUCGGCGCGCUUCUGCGACACGAGCUCUUCACUCAAGAGCGUCUUAACGCGCUUCACGAACGUGCUCUCAGCGCUUUUGAGGAGUCAAGACUUUUCUGAAAGGGGUCGACUUUUGUUUGUUUGUUUGUGUAUUCCAGUGUUAUGCGUGCACCAUCCCACCCCCCACCGCUCUGAUUUGAAUGGCGAUGUGACGCUUGUUUUGUUUUGUGUUUUCCUUGUGCAAUACAGUCCACAAAAUCUUACACUGUC